UAGUGAAUUAAUAGAUGAACUUUGUGUAAAAAUAACUUUUUAAGAAAUGUUGUUCAGUUAUCAAACAUUGGCAGCUAAAAAAGAAGAAGAGGAUGUCAUCACAAGAAAUAAUGGUCUUGAUCUCACCGGUCCUGAAAACUUGGAACGGCACAAAAUCUGUGAUGCCAUUGCCGUUGCAAGCAUCAUGUCGAACUGUGCUGGUGUGGAAUCGUCAUCUUCACAGAACAGGUGUAUGGGAUGGCGAGAGUUUAAAGAAUUCAUCUACGAUUACCAGGAGGAAGAAUUGGAUGAUAAUGAAAUUAUCGAACUUAUCCAGCGACACGAACCGGAUUUGACAUUACGAGAUCGAUGUUGCCUAUCGUUUGAAGGGUUUUCCAGAUAUCUGAUGGAUAAAGAUAACUUUGCUAACAUUCCUGAAAAGACUCGCCAUUCAGAUGAGGACAUGGAUCAUCCGAUGUCCCAUUAUUAUAUAGCAGCCUCCCAUAAUACUUACCUCACUGGACAUCAACUGAAAGGUGAAUCAUCUGUAGAAUUAUAUAGUCAGGUUUUACAAACUGGUUGUCGAUGUGUAGAAUUAGAUUGUUGGGAUGGUGAUGAUGGAUCUCCUAUUAUAUAUCAUGGUCAUACCUUAACUACAAAAAUAUCUUUAAAGAGUGUAUGUGAUGCCAUCAAUCGUAGUGCAUUUUUAACUUCACCAUAUCCAGUUAUAUUAUCUAUAGAAAAUCAUUGUUCAAUUCCACAACAACAAAAAAUGGCUCAAAUAUUUCUGAGUGUAUUUGGAGAUAAAUUAGUAACAAAGUAUUUAUUCGACUCGGAUUAUUCUGAUGAUCCACAACUGCCGUCACCAAAUCAACUCAAAUAUAAAAUAUUAAUAAAAAAUAAAAAAUUACGUGAUAAUGAUAAUCCUACUGUUGUGAAAAAGGCUCAAACACAAUCUAAGACAUCAAGUUCUACUGGUACAAAUUACUCUGAGACGACAUCAGUUAAUGAUUUCGAUGAUGAAGAUGAUGAGGAUGAAGAUGAAGAAGAAAUGGCAGAUGCAGCAAAAGAUUUACGACGUUCUGUUGACAGUCAAGAUUCUCCAACUCCUGAUCCAGAUGAUAAAAACAAGAAUCAACUGAGGUCAAGGACAGAUUCUUUUGGAGAUAUUUCUGGGCCAAGACAGCCAUCUGGAUCCUUUAGUGAUAAGAAUCGACCCAAGAGUCAUCCUGAACUUGAUUGGCAUUUUGAUGAAGAUUAUGACCUGAAAGUUCCCCCGAAAUCCAAACCCAAGAAAACAAGUCAGAUUGCUAAAGAAUUGUCUGAUUUAGUUAUCUACACUCAAGCUGUUAAAUUCCGAGGGUUAAGUUUAAGUCCGAAUACGUCAUUAAAACAGAAGAAAGCACCAACUAGAAAAAGUAUAUUGGUGACGAGUCUAGGAAACAGUCCAAGUACAGCCACUUUAUUAGCUGCUGCCGGUGAAAAGAUGGAAGUAACUGCCUCAGGUUCCGUGUUGAAGAGUAAAAAAUACGAGGGAGUUCCGUCAUGUUUUCUUGUGUCAUCAUUAAAUGAAAACAAAGCCAAGUCACUCUGUCGCAGAAAUCCUCUUGGGGUUGUUAAAUAUCCUUUUAUAUGA